ACGGAGCAGAAGAGCGAAACAUGGCGACUUCGAACAAUCCGCGGAAAUUCAGCGAGAAAAUCGCUUUACAUAACCAGAAGCAGGCUGAGGAGACAGCGGCGUUUGAAGAAGUGAUGAAAGACCUCAGCAUCACUCGGGCAGCGAGGUUACAGUUGCAGAAGACUCAGUAUCUGCAGCUGGGACAGAACCGUGGGCAGUAUUAUGGAGGAUCUUUGCCGAACGUCAAUCAGAUUGGAAACAGCUGUAUUGAUAUGUCUUUUCAGACAGCAGGGAUGGACUCCAACAGGUCGACCCGACACCACGGAUUGGUGGACAGAGUCUGCCGAGACCGGAAUCGAAUCACAUCACCCCACAGAAAGCCUCUGUCUUUCGACAAACAUGGACGCCAGAUUGACAGCUGUCCAUAUGGCGCCGUUUAUCUGUCACCCCCACCUGAUACCAGCUGGAGGAGGACAAACUCUGACUCAGCGCUGCACCAGAGCACAUUAAUCCCUGCCCAGCAGGCCUCUUUCAUCGGAGGGUCACAGGAGCUCCAGCCAAAACGAGUUCUCCUACUCACAGUACCUGGGGCUGAAGGAAUCGAAUCAGAUAUUGACGAGGAUGGACUGGAACUGAGCUGGGAGUGCAAAAAGAACAUGUUAAGGUCCAACCCCUCCAAAGUUCCAGGGAUUAACAUCUUCCCGUCUCCGGACCAGCAGUUGAUCGCUUCACUAAAACCAGCAGUCCACAACACUGGCGGUUCUCUCCCUGACCUGACCAAUAUCCAGUUUCCUCCUCCGCUGCCCACCCCGCUCGACUCAGAUGAUGCUGCAGCCGCCUCGUUCAGCGCCUCCAACAGCACACAGAACCUGGCAAACACCCAAGGAGUGAGCACAUCUCAGCCCACAGUAACCAUGGAAAUGCAGCCCGGGCAGGACAACAUGGUCCCUCUCAUCCUGAAUGCAGGAGACUCUCACCAGCCUCAGAGCCUGCAGCUCUCCCCCACAUCUCCUCCUCUGUCUCUCUCUCAGGCGGCCAUUAACGCCAUGAACCUUGAGCAGCAGCUGUCCCAGUACGCCUUCUUCAACCAGCAGCCGCCAUCCCAGGCCCUCCAGAACCAGCAACAGACAGGUCUGGUCCAGCUGUCGUCCUCGGUGAACUCCUGCCCAACGUCAGACAACCAGACGUCCUCUCAAACCAACAUGACCAUCGACAUGAACACGCACAACUCCAUACUGGGCAGUGUGUUUGCAGACUUCUACGACCAGCAGCUCCCGUCUAUUCAGGCCAGUGCUCUCUCACAACAGCUCGAGCAGUUCAACAUGAUAGAAACGCCCAUCAGUUCUGACAGCCUGUACAACCAGACCUCCACCCUCAACUACUCCCAGGCGCUCAUGAUGGGAUUGACUGGUGGCCAUUGCAACCUGCAGGACUCUCCGCAGCUGGGCUACAGUAGCCAUGGCAACAUCCCCAACAUCAUUCUCACAGUGAGUGGAGAGUCUCCCCCCAGCCUGCCCAAAGACCUGACGGGCUCGCUGUCCACAGAUGUCAGCUUUGAUAUUGACUCCCAGUUCCCGCUUGAUGAUCUGAAAAUCGACCCACUGACUCUUGAUGGCCUACACAUGCUCAAUGACCCAGACAUGGUCCUCACUGACCCCGCCACAGAGGAUGCGUUUCGCCUCGACCGGCUCUAGCCAACGCUGCACCACAGGCCAACGCGCAGGUGUGUGAACGCCUCUGCCCUGUGGGGAAGCGAGGAUGAGAGUCACAUUUUUGGAGGAUAAAUCCAAGAGGAGAGGUAUGCUUGUUAAGACCUCGUCAGGGCAAAGCAGCGUUCCAAUUACAACCCAAUCAAACCCCAGAAGAGCUUUUUAAAAAAAUCAUUGUAGAAAAUGCAUUUUAAAGUUUUUGAAGACUGCUGCCACUCAUCUCCUCAGAACCGGAACCAUGGAUUAGGACUGAUGACAUUCAAGUUAGGUAUGAGACCUGUUUGCAAAUCACUCCUUUUUUUUAAUGCAAAUGUCACAUUUUUUUUAGAGCUUGAUCAUGAGUACAGAAGGACCCUCAAUGUCUACAGAGUAAACCAGACACACCUGUUAACAUAGUACAGCUGGAUGACACAGCUGAAGGAAACACCUUCCAGGUUAAGGUCAGACUGGUUGUCCUUUCAGUCUGGAUAUUGAUUUAGUGCUAUCCCUGUGUGGUUUCUUAAAGCAGCCAAAGUCAGGCUUGGUUUGAUUUUUCCACUAACCUACUCGUACAUCUUGAAAAAAAAGAUGACUCAUUAUUUUGCCAGCUAAGUUAUUUUAAGGAAAUGCUGAUUAUUGAUUAUUACCAUGGUAAAUAGCAGUCACCAGUUAUGCAUGAAAUCACAAAACACUGUGCAUCCUUGUUUUGCCUUAAUAGCUUAACAUUUGAGUUUUCAUGCAAAGAUGACUAUUAUGUAAAUGAGGAAAAAAAACAUUUCAGAUGUGGAGUUAGUGUUUUUUGCAGGUGGUCUGGCCCACAUCAUUCACGGUUGCAUUACUGUUGUUGUUUUUGAGGUGUACAGAUCUCUACCCAUUGUCACUACCAUGCCAUUUCUCAUCAGUCAAAUCUACAUGGAUAAAGAAAGACUUCUUUAUCGUUAUGAAAUAGAUGUUUACAGGCUUGUUUUGUGUUCUAUUUCUCAUGUACAGAAUGUGAUUCGAUUUUGCGUAAUGCUAUCUAUGCAAAAACUACAGCGAUUGAUUUAGGACUGUAAAGUGAAACACAUACAAAAGAACCCUUAUAAAAGUAAGCCUACGUGCAAAGAUUCUUCUAGUGAUGUGCCAUGUUUUGUUUUGUUGUGAUACUUCUGGUUUUCUUUUAGACGAGUAUGAUGUGAUGAAAAAACAGCGGCUCAGUGAGUGCGGCACACAGUAGAAACUCUCCUGGAUUUCUCCCAAAGAUGUGACCUCAGUGGAGUUGAAAUAUAUAUAUUUUUCCAGACAAUUAAACUGCCUCUUUACUAGAACAGCAUUGUUGAUGCAAUGAGAAUGUAUUUCGGUCACAUCUGUUAAUUGCCAUUUUGUCGCCCUCAUUGGCACUCAUGUCCAGCCUUCAUGUACUGUAGGACCAAACAUCUUUCAACUGUUUGUUCUUUUCCCUGCAAAGGUGAUGUGUCAUAUUGUUUUCUGUCACUUUGGUUUUGUGACUUUGUUCCCUUGGCACUACAGCGACACUGAAACCUGUUCCUUGUUAUGCUCGUCUUGUCUGUGCCCUUUAUCGAUUUGUUUGGAGUCACUCUGGAUUAUACAUUUUUUGGGCUUUUUUUUUAAUUUUUUUACCUUUGCUCUGAAACACUCCUUUGUGAGGUCAGUAUCCACAUCUUCAAUGUGACUCAUAUCUCAUAUUGCACUUUAUGCAUUUAUUUACAACACUGAUUAAUGGGAGUGAUUAUACCUUCACCCCCAUGUGACUGAUGAGUGCACUAGACCUGUUGUGGCCCUUUCUGUUUAAACUUGCCUUCUUGUAAAAAAAAGAAAAGAAACAGACACGAAAAGCGUGAUUAAAUUAGAGUUAUUUUUCAAAAUUCAUAUAAAUAUAGUCUAUUUAAAAAGAGCCUGUUUUUUACUUAAACAGUGAGUAUUUUGUUAGCUGUGUACUGUUACAGAGAUUUUCCUAAAUUCAGGAGCACAUUCAUAUUUUCGGGACAGAGGUGAUCAGAGUUGAGACGGUCAUGCAGCUCUUAACAGCAAAAGUUUGUAAAACUAAUCACUCAUUGGCAGACUGAAAGUUUCUUGUAAAAAUAGCUACAUAAACUGUUACAGCUAAGUGGGAUUUCUCAGAUAAGCACACUUGAAAUAUAGCAGGGCCAUGACACCAUGCUAGAUCAGAUCAGCAAACUCCUGAGAAGUAUUUUAAGGAACUCUGUCAUUUAAUUCAAAUGAAAAUGUCCAGAUCAUGGAUAUUAGUUUAACUCUAAGACAUAAUGUAAUCACCUCUCAUCAACACUCCACAUAAUACACAUAGCUAACCCUUAACUGCAACUUAAAAGACAAAGUCCAUUUGUUGCGCUGUGUUUCAUCAUAAUUUCCACAUAAUGUAAAUCAAAAGUUCUGAGAAAUGUUUUGGAAUAAGGUGAUUUUAAGUUGUUUGUCUGAAAGACCCUUUCCCCCUUGUUUUUAAAAUAUUUUAAUGUGUUGGAUGCAUCAUGUUUUCUGAAUUUUGGUGUAUUUUUUUGCAUUAUUUGUUUGAAAAAUGUUGUGACUGCAUGAAUCUCGGGACAUUUUGUCUCUUUUUAGGCUUUGAUUCUUUUUCUUUGUUGGUUGGGGACAGCUUUGUUUGUCUAGGUGUUUAGUUUCUGGUGAUAUUCGUCCUUUUUUUUGUCUCUUUUUUAACUUCAGCAUCAUGUGUAGGCUACAUAUCUGCUAAGUGAAGCCUAAAAGCAUCAGAAUUAUGGUAAUCAGCCUUUUUAUGCACAUGCACAAGCUGUUGUUUGGUACUAUGUUUUUACACUGCAAUAUACAGUAUGUGCUUAUACUUUCUGUGCACCACCCACAGAGAUUAAUUAUGUCAUGGUAAAUCUAGACUAGCUUUGUAUAUUGCUGUGCGGUAGGAACAGUGUUUUUUCGUGCUUUAUGUGCUAUGAUGUCAAAGUGAGAAAAUGCACUGAGAAAUCCUGUGCUGCAACACGUCAUUGUGGCUCUUAUCUUCUCUGCUGGACCUCAGACUUAAUCGUGAGCCUGGCAUCUUCGUAGGUCCGUUUUCUGUUUGGGUAUUUCUUUUGAACUCUUUCUUGUGCUCAUGUAGAUAGCUCUGACUGAUGUGUCGCCUGUUACUGUCACCUUUUUAUGCAUCAACGUUCAGGUAUCCAUUGGUGUUAUGUAUACCAGUGUUUACAGAAACAAGAGUUUACAACAGAGCAAUGUUAGUUUUUCUCUCUUUAAAGAAAAUGUUUCAGCUUUGUUAAAUACUGUUAAACUACAUAUGAACCACUUGCAGUGUAGAAUAGCAAAAGUCUUUUUGCUAUUUAAGUGUAACAGUGAAUCAGUAAUGCAAUUUGAAUUGUAUGACAAUUUUGUCAAUGUUAUGACCAUUAUAAUAUAUUAUAUUUCUUGAGUUUGUAAAGGGAUAUAAAUGAUCUCUUCUUUGGACUUCAUCCUAAAGCAUUUCAUGACCCCAAAGGCACUUUUUUAUUUCGUUUACAGGUUUAUUUCUGCAGAUUCCCCUCAAUAUGUACCUCCUAUUAGAUUGAACAGAAUAAGUACUAUAUGGAUAUUACUGAAUUAAGUUAGUUACAUUUGUCAAGAACACUGUUUAUUCAUUUUCUUUGAGUUUUAAAUCAACAGUGGAACUGAAAGGAGCCAAAGUUCAGCACAGCCAUAAUGAGAGAAUAAGAAUGUUCCAUGUGUUGAAACACAUCCUCUCCCUUUUUAAAAAAAAAAAAUGUAUUGAAAUGACUUUAUAUAGAAUCUAUGAACUGAUCAAUGCAUUUUUUACAUCAAACAUAAUUAUCAAAAUUCUGUCAUCCUAACUAUAAAAGAUGUGAAUUAUAAAUAAUCUAUUCACUACAUCAGAAAUAUCAGCUGAACGAUGCUGCAUUUGAAAAUAUCACAGGAAGUAACCUUGACUUUUUUUCAGUUCUUCUUUUUUUUCAAUCUUGUCAAAAACUUUAUUUACGUGAAUAUUACUAUUUGCAUAUUGUCUGAGGAACAACAUCAGACAUAGCAGAUACAAAUACUGUACAGUCAGACUGUAAACAUAGAUAUCUGUUGACUUUGUGACAAGACGCAUUAAAAUUACAAACUGAAUCAGGAAGAUGACACUGACUCAUGGUCCUGUGGGGUCACUCAGUGGGUUUCCCCACAUCUCUGAAUCCUUUAUGUGCAUUUUGAGGACAGCCCACCGCUGGUUCAAGCCUCAUACAAUGGCAGCUAAAUUGUUAUAUAAUGUAUUUUGUUUAUAAGUACAGUGAUAUUCAAAAAAACAUGCAUUUUACUGCCGUGAAGGGGGUGCACUAUGCUCCUGUCGUUAUGCUCUCAGCAACAGGAAACAUUAUGCUCAUAGAAUAUGCAAAAUCUAGCAAUCUGCAGCACAGCUUGGCAAGUUGGUACUUUUUUGAGCUAACCCUUUAAAAAAAUUACUGGUUCAAACCUUGUUCUUCAAAUUGCGUGUUUUCUAUUUCGACUGUCAAAUCGGACCAAAAGAAUCCAAGUUGGCUGUAAAUGUGUGCUAUAUUGAAGAAGAAAUACGCUUCUGUUUGAACUGUACCUGAUGUAUUUUUCUUGUGUGAAGGCUUCUGUCUUUGUAUCUUUGCAUUAUUAUUUGUAAAAGAAAUGAAAAUAAAUAUAUCUGAAUAAGCAAA